AUGGCUACAUUUGCGAAAAGUAUCAUCUUCCUGCGAGGAAUGCGGCAUUGGGUGCUGGCUGUGGUGUGCUUUGCUGCGCUCUGGUGGGGCGGGGACGGCAUUGAAACUGCGUUCGACUUGCGGUUCGAGUAUGAGGACCCAGAGUCACUUCUUGCUGGCCAGACAACUGUGGGCGGGCCUCGACUCCGCUGGAACACGCAGUCCGUUAUCGCUGGUUUCGGCAUGGAGCGGGGUGCAAGGGUGGAGCUGCAGGUGACAGAACUCCACGUUGCUGGAGCUAACAAUGAGACAGAGGUUCCUGUAGUGUUCACGUUGUACGACAACGACCAAUGGCGCGCGUACGCGGUACUCAAGCUACGGGAGGUCCACAUUCGAAGCAACUACGUGCUGUGUCACUACCCGGCAGCAAUGCGCUUCACUGUUCCGCCACCUGACCCACUAGCUGCACGGCCUUGGUCGGUGUCAUUCCAUGUCCGCAAGCCGAGUCAAUAUACAUUGCAGGCCCAGGGCCGCGCAAGCAUGGUGAAUCUAGGUUACGACGGCAAGUUAUCGGAACAUUUGGGGAUUCAAGAGCUUGGGCUGCGAGCGCUCUAUAAAGUGCUGUUUGGAGUGUAUCUCGCUGCAAUGGUGCUUUGGAUCUUGGAAUGCUACGUUCGGCGUCGCACGGUUCCAAAAAUCUGCUAUGUGUUCCAAGCGGCACUACAAGCGAAAGCGCUUUCUGUGGCACUGAAACUCGCGUUCUACAGUGCGCGUAGCUCGCACGGGAAGAUAAACACGACUUUGGAUAUUGCACAGGAUGUUGGAGAAAGCGCUACCAGUGCGGCACUGCUGGGUGUAUCCGUCCUCGGCUCGCUAGGAUGGUCGAUCACCCGAGCUCGGCUUUCACGACGAGAAGCGUUGUCACUGCUACUGCUAGCGGUGAUAUAUCUUGUCGUAUCAGUCAAUAAGGCGACGUGUCGUCCUACCGACGCGCCGCAAUGCCGCGGAUUCGUGCUGUCGGAGUACGCUCUGCAGUCCAUGAUGAUGCUGGGCGUGAUCGUCGCGCUGAACUUCACUAUCGCGCAGCUAAAGCUGGCAGUCAAUUACGAGAGAUGGAACUGCUUCGUGACGCCUCUCACGUACAUGAAGCUCGAGCAAUUUCAGUAUGGACGGCGCUUUCGGUUUGUUUUCCUCGGCUACCUGUUGAUGCCUACAUUCUUGCUACUUUUGAAUCUCUUGGUGGUCACUCCGCCAGGAUUCUGGCGGUAUGUCUGGGUAAACACAUUGCUCGCGGAGGUCACCACCCUAGUGAUCGUGAUCAAUAUUGGUCUGGUCGUGCGCCCAGUAGAUACGUACAUCUACACGCGGAUAGCACGCAGCACAGCUCCGGACACUCCUAACCGUGACAGUCCAGACCCGAUCGAGCCCCCGCCACUGGAAACACCUCAAAGAGACGCAGUUCGACCUCAAACAACAGACGCAGCAUCUACUGGAGCUGCUGCUCCAGCUCCGAUCGAGUAUCCUAGUGUCAAUACCGACGCGAUGAUGAGUGGCUUGGCUGCCAUCGAGAGCAACCGAUAA